AUGGCCUCCAUCCACGACCCAUCGCUUCCCAUCCCGCCAUCCUCUCCGCUCCGCAUUCCUCUCAUUGCACCCACCUGCAGCACCACGCAUACAGUCCAGAUCCGCACUUUUUUGCAAGCGUCUCCACCACACCGCGCCACCGCCCAGCCAACUAGCUUUGGAGCUAUCCUCCUCGCUUUGCUGCCCGCUGCGCCUCUGUCCCCACCGCCGCCGCACGCACUCUUCGCCCCUCCUCGCCUCAUCACCUCCUCAGUGACGCCUCUCCCGCCCCAAGUCAUCCAUCUAGAUCCUCCUCCCUCGUCGCUGAAGAUUGGCUCGACUCCACCAACCCUUGCCACCACCUCGGCGCUUCCGUUCCUGGCUCGUCCCUUCCGUCUCCCAACCGUUGCGUCAGGUCCUCGCCUGCCUUCAUCCGCACAGCCUUCGAGCCUCUUUGCUUCUACGCACGGAUCCAUUUGCACGGCCCGCCUCAUCCAAUACACCUUUGACGUGCCUCGGACCUUCAACACGUCAGCAUCUCCAUCCGCCUCUAGACCUUCGCAUCUGGCGCUGGCACUGGCCAUUGGAUCUUCCUUCCCUCUUCGUCUCCCCGCACGCCAUUCGCCAUACCCGGCAUCUUCCCGAUCCGUCAAUCUCAACUCGCUACGCAUCCGCGCUCGCCAUCUCGCUCCCGCUUCCGGACAACAUCUCCCCAACCUCAGCUUCGCCUUUCUUCGCCAUCUCCUUUGCGCUUCGCCAUCAUCCGAUACGCCUCCAUCACUUGGUCAACCCACACCAAAGGGAAAGUUUGACGUCGAAGCCAACGCAGCAGACAACCUUCUUUCAGCCACAGGCGUAGCGUUCAAGCGGUCAUCCUUCGCCAACGAUAGAAUGACGGCACAGGUAGUCCUCGGCACAAUGCCCCACCCCUUUCCAUCGGCGUUCUCAUCGCCCGUGGCCACCCCGACCAAGGAGCUCCAGUUCCCAUCACUCCCACCGUUCUCGCAUCAGACGUCCACACCCGCGUCAGCCGAAUCAAGCAGCGACGCCAAGCACAGUCAAACACAAUCAUCGACCGCCGGUAAUGCCUCUUCCAACACGCCCUUUCCCGGUGUCGCAACCGCAGUCGCCGAAUCGAGCGCACCGCGCACCUACCGUGGCCCCGACGCGCGCCGCUCUUCUCGGCCGCGCUUGCGCAGCUUGCAGAGCCUCAACUCGGCACCAGCAUCUCCUUCGCUCACCGAACAAGACAGCGGUCGUGCUUUCAUCUCCACCUCCCGCUUUCACACUUCGCAUCCCAGCCUCGGCAGGGCUCCCUCGCGCAACGCUGUCGAGUCGCUCCAGCCCCUCGCCGAGUCGAGCGUGGCUGCCUACUCCACCACCGCAGACCGCCCUUCCGCACGCUCGCCCACCUCCGCCUCGCAUCCAUGGCCAGCGUCAAGUCACACGGACACCGCCGCUUUGCCACCGCGCGCGCGGCGCUCUUCCACCAGCCCAAAGCUCGACUCGGGUCUGAGCGAAUUCGGCCAGAUGGGCGCUCCCUUCUCUGCCCACGCUUCCAACCAAGGCUUCCUGCGACGCAGUCACACCAUUACAACAGGCAUCAGCUCAGCUGCCCAGAAGCGCGCAGACGACUCCUCCUCCCAUCGUUCUCCGCCUCCCAACGCCAUGACCUACGGCCCCAGCAGCGGCAGGCAGGCUCCCAAGCUCAAUCAGCGCCGACAGACCGUCUCCAACGUGUCGCCAACUUCGCUCGAUCGCGCAGCUCCGGCACAGCAGAUCGCCGGUGUCUCUCCUGUCCCCAGCCGCACCCUAUCCUACGCUCAACAGCACACGCCCCAUGCCAACGGCGCCAGCGCCAUCUCGGUCUCUUCGCCUCCAAGCCGUAUCCGCGAACGUGGCACCUUGCCCAACAACCAGCUCGAAGCCAAGGUCGUCAUCCUCGGCUCACAGGGCGUCGGCAAGACCUCGCUCGUCCAUCGCUACACUUCGGGCCAGUUCAGCGUCGCCUCUACACCUUCCACCAUCGGCGCCAGCUUCUUGACCAAAAAGCUCAUCGUCGAUGCCGUCAAGGUGCGCCUGCAGCUCUGGGACACGGCAGGACAGGAGCGCUUCCGCAGCAUGGCACCCAUGUACUAUCGCGGCAGUCACGCUGCCGUGAUCGUGUACGACAUUACCUCCAUGUCUAGCUUCCUCGACGUGCGUGCUUGGAUCGAAGAGCUCAAGAAGAACAUGACCACCGACCUCGUCAUCCACGUCGUCGGCGCCAAGCUCGAUCUCGCCUGGUCCCAGCGACAGGUCGAGCUCGACUACGCACGCGCCACCGUCAAGAGCUGGCUCCAGCCCUACCAGACACAGGCGAUCACCUUCCCCACGCCGGGCUUCGCCAACGUCUCGGACGGCAGUCCGGGCUCGCCCACGCGUCCCUCGUCACGGCUGAGCGGCCUGAGCUCCCUGGCGAUCGGAUCUGCCUCGCGUCUUGCCGCGUUCCAACGGACGUCCAGCCAGGCUGCAACGCCGGCAUCAGCCGUGGCCGGUGGGCUCAAGCCCAGCAGCUUUGGCAGCAGCGCCGCUUCCAGCGGGUCCGCAGCCAGCGAUCCCGGUCGCGACGCCGCCGCCGACCUGGAUGCGUUUGGCUUCAGCCUCUCGUGGGAUGUCGUCGAAGUUUCCGAGGUGUCGGCCAAGGAUGACCGCGGCAUCGAAGAGGUCUUUCUCGCCGUCACCAAGAAGCUCGUCGAGCGUCGCAGCCAGAUUGAGCACGACCGCGCCGAGCGCGAACGCAACAGCAUCUUUCUCUCGUCGCACGACGCCGAUCAGCUCCUCGCCGGCGCCGAUCAACCCGCCAUCACGCCCAACAGCUGGACCUGUUGCGGCUGA